GACCAAGGCUGGUGUUUGCUUUAUAUGCCAGACAUGUUAUGGAUUUUAGACCCUUUGUAUUGUAAAGCAGAGUGGAACCCUGAGGAUUGAAUUAUGGAGAGGGUCAAGUGACUCAGACUCUUAUCUGAUUAAAAUGAGGUCAUAGAAAAAUGUCUAAUUUUUUACCAAUCAUUUAAGGCUAUCAGCGCCAGAGUUAUGGUUGUGUUCAUUUUCCUUUCAUAAUUUUGAUCAAAAUCACUUGGAAUUUAGAAAUUUUGCAUUGCAUUAGGCCUGAGUCCCCGUAUUGGCUUGUCAAUUCUCUCUCUCUCUCUCUCUCUCCCCCUCUACCUGUCAUUAUUGAUUCUGUUUCCAGUGUUUUACGUUGUAGGCCUAUUCGAGAUAGUUGUCAUUGCAUGUUGGUGGAUACAGUUUUUAAGAUGUUUUGGGGGUAAAACUCGGUAAUACUCUUUUAAGAAAUAUGUCAACCUAGAACUUUUGAUUCCCUGCAAUGAUAUGCUCGAUGUUGAAUGCCAAUUGCCUUGCUGAUGGUAAUGGAAUAAUAGACGACAGUACCUCUUAUAAGGAGACUAUGAAAGAGAAUGAAAGUGGCUGGGAAAAUGGCUGGAGUUGUAGUUUCCCUUCUUCCAUAUCUGGUUUCCUACCCUCUCAAAAGCAUGAAGGAACAAUCUUGGGAGGAUCAAAUUUUUUGCUUUUACGAUCAGUGCGAAUGUUCCAUAGCAGGGGAUGUGAACCACAGCCAGGGCAAAGUACCUGUGCAAUGGAUUCCAUUCAUCAGAUUCUUAUAUUAACAAUUUUGAGGGAGGAAAUGAAUUGUGUUAGCCAAAUACCAUAAACGGGCCCAUGGCGUAUUAAGUUCGAGGAAAGGAUAUUGCUACCUAGGAAAGUACCAGCACGUUACUAGUUGUUUAACCAGAACUUAGGAGACAGGAGAAUAGAAAAAAGAACUAUACUUACCAUGUAAAACCCCAGGCAUGAAUAACCCACUGAAAAACAAUAUACAAAAAGCUCCACUGAACAAAAUAUGCAAGCCGGAACCAAUGAAAUGGUAGGCAAAAAAUAUGAGUUUCAUUAAUAAUAAAACGUGUGCAGUGCCAAAGCAGUAAAUAAAAAAUGAAAUCCAGAAGUUAUAUCUGUUCCCUCUUCCUUUAUCCUUUUAUCUUCUUUGGAGUCUCCACACACACAGUUUUUUGAAAGAUAUUCAACAUUAUGGCUUGAGUACUUACGGAAGAGAAGUAGAACCCAUGAAUUUAUUGUAGAAAUGCAGAGUAAUCAAGAAAAGUAUUUCCACUUAUGGAGUGGUGACAUACUUACAAGGCUAUUUAGAAAGGCAUCCAGUAUAAGAAAAACAGCAUUCAUAGUAUGCAUGCAACCCAUUAACUGUCUAGAAGAUAUAAGCAGAAAUGAGUGAACUUUCUAGUAAUUCACCAUAUUAGGAUAAGAGCAAGAGUCAUAACAUUAUAUAGCCACUAUUGCUUAUAAGUUUGCAAAUUAAAUUUAGCAGCAAGCAUAAUUCUUGCUUAUCUAUUGAUGGUUUCUGCCACAAGUCUGUGAACAAAGGAGAAGUAAUUUGGAAGAAAGAAUUCUAAGAUGGAUGUUGGUACCAACCGCAUAGCAUAGAGCAGCACUGUGUAAGGAAACACAACAUUCAACAUGAACCUCAAGUAGCAAAACAAAAAAACUAGUAUGGAACAGUUUGGUUUUGUACCAUGAAACUGUCCUUUGUGACACUCAAGUGUUUCAUCAGGAAAAAUUAUUCGAGGAACAUUAAGGAGAAUAUUAGUCAAUAACAUGGUCCAAGAGAAACAUUUUAUGCUUGCUAGAAGAAUGACCGUUAUAGAUUUUGUCUAGUUCUCUUGUGUAAGAAUGAUGAAUUCUAACGGUAGUACUGUUAUACAAGAAUGUAGGGAGGACUUUCGACAAAGCCCAGUCAUAAAUUUAUCUUUCAACAAGCUUGGAGGAACAGAAUAAACAAAGCAGACGACAAAUCCUUGCAAUCAAAUUAAGACUUUUCCAUAAAUGUAGCAUAGAUAGUUUAUAUGAAGUUAAUCUCACCAUGUUCAGGCCAAGGUGUGAGUUGAUAAAAACGGGACAAUAACACACCAAAAUAUAUGUCCGUUAGGAUAACAGCACCUCCACAAGUUUGCAGUGAGGCUAAAGUGAGUAAUCAGUUGUCUGCAGGGAAAGAAAGACACUACUCCGUA